AUGUUGCCUUGUGCUGUGGCUCUGUGCUGUGGCUCUGUGCUGUGGCUCUGUGCUGUGGCUCUGUGCUGUGGCUCUGUGCUGUGGCUCAGUGCUGUGGCUGGAUCAUUUGGCCUCGGCUCAAACACAAUUUUUGCUAGCUGCCACUUGGCCAUUGCCACGGCCAGCUGCCAGCUGCCAGCUCCGGUCCGUUUGUCUGGUGGCCUGUUUGCUGCGUCUGCCAGCCUCGUCUUCAUUCUUGACGCCCGCCACUCAUCAGCCACGGCCUCCAGGGAGCCGCACUGGCCGCCCGCCGGAGCCAUGUCCGCCUACGACGACGAAUCCGUCGUCGACGGCUCACCCGCUCUGUUGGAUGAGAGCUUCGUAGCUCCUCCUACAUACGCCGCAUUUUCUCCCGUUACGCUUUCUGCAAACACACCCUCGAGAUCGUCCCGUCGUUCAACCGUCCUCGUUCACCAAAAAAGCCCGCUCCUGCUGGCCACACCACCCCAGAUCACUCGAGCUCUCGCAUAUAGCCACCCGUUUCUCCUACCGCUCAACACAUUUGUUGGUCUCUUGACAUGGAGUACCGGCGACCCAUGGCAAAGCUUCCUAUUUGUUUGCAGCUUUUGGUUUGUCGUCAUAUAUGGCGACACCAUUUUAAUGAGGGCCGGCCCCAUCGCAGUCGGCAUCGGCAUGAUCAUUGCCAUGUACGGUCGCCGCUACAGCCCUCUUAGUAGCAGCGGCUGGCGCAAACCUGGCAAGCCCAACAAGAAGAAGGCGCCAACUACAGCGCAGUUUUCGAAUGCCGACGCCGACGCUAGCAGUUCGCGUGCGGCGGGCAAAUCUAGCAAGAAAGACGAUGGCAGCACAAAACACCAAAAGACACUGGACGAGAUUGUCGAGACCUUGAAAGAGUUUACUGGUCGCUGCAACGCUCUCAUGGAACCAAUGCUCGAAAUGACGGAUUUUCUCAGCACCCAGCGCACUGCCACCAGUGCUACCACGAAGCCUGCCUUGACCGCCAUGUUUAUGCGCCUCCUCAUUGUCACUCCGUUCUGGUUUGCGCUUACUAUGCCGCCUUUGAGAAUAAUUACCGUCCGAAGAGUGGUCCUCAUUGUUGGCACCAUCGCAAUUACCUGGCACGCUCGCGUAAUGCGUGUAUGCAGAGCUAUCCUCUGGCGAAGCCGGACUGUCCGUCGUUUUGCUGCUGCCGUUACUGGCCUUCGUUUCGACCCCCCUGUAAAGAACCCCGCUGCUGCUCAGCUCCAAGCUGCGCAAAAUCGCGGUCACCGCCGCAAUGACAGCUCACGGAGCACAAAGAGUGUGGGCGUCAAGUUUACGUUCAUCAUCUACGAAAACCAGAGACGCUGGAUUGGUUUGGGAUGGACGCAUAGUCUGUUCGCUUACGAAAGGGCUGCCUGGACGGAUGAGCACAAUAACUCUCUUCCUUCAAAAGACGAAUUUGAGCUGCCGCACGUUGAGGAUGGCAGCCGCAUGGAGUGGCAGUGGGCUGAAGGCAGUCGCUGGCGCGUGGAUGGUGUCGCAGAUGAAAAUGGGGCUGUUGACUAUGACGGCACAGCCGGCCGCACCGGCUGGCUAUACUAUGAUUCCAAGUGGAACAAUGAACGCCGAGGAGUUGACGGCUGGGGCAAGUGGACCAGAAGACGCAAGUGGCAUCGCGAUGCCGAGCUUGUCGAAGUCGAGAAACCCGAUCGUCGCCAGGCUGCCGCCAAAGAUAGCGCCUCGUUGCACAGCAAGUCGGACUCUGCCUCGUUGGCCAAUAUCCCCACCAUUGUCGAAGAGGAAAAGGCUGACGAUGCAAACGUCAAGCUGAUUGACGAUAAUGCAUCAGUAUACUCGACCUCGUCGAAAUCGUCAUUUUGGCCGCCUCUGCUGCGGAAGCGCGCCACAGACCGAUCUGCCGCCGACAAGGAGAGGGAAAGGGAAAAGAGAGAAGCUCGCGGAAAGCGGGCAACCGAAAGACAAGACAGCGGACCGGACACGAGUGGCUUGGGCAUCGAGGUAGAAAUGGAGCUUCAACGACAAGGCAAAGAUGGUGGUCAAUGGGGCAUCGGUGAUGAUGCUAGAAUGAAUCUCGAAUGA